UCCGGCUAUUUCUUAUUUCUUUGUCAGAUUCCGGCCAAACCCUUUCUUUCUCUUUAUAUAUACCUAACCCCCUGCCCUUCAUUUUUAGGACCCUCUCUCUCUCUCUCUGAGUCUCAUACACACACUCCAACGCAUCAUCUACCAGCUCCCAUUAUACCCUUUUACCUAAAUUGCAUAAUUCAAAGUACUUUAUGAUCAAAUCGCAGUACGUACUUUGCUUACAAAAACUCCUCAACGUGUUGGGCAUGAGCCCUAAUCCCUAACCAAUCUCACCACAUUUUCGAAAACUAAUCACUACCCACUAUUCUUCACACCCGGCAAAAUUCAUUUCCCCUUCCAAUUUCUGUGUUCGUCUCUCUAUAAUUUCCAAUUUUUCGACGGUGGGUGGCCAAAAUCUGCUUGUUUGUUUUUGUCUGUGUGAUGAACAGAGCGUUGCCGGAGAUGCUGAACUGUAUGAACGCCCCGGGCACCUUCCUCGCCGGGAACAGUACGGACAUGACUGUGCUCGAGCGGCAGAGGGCUCGGAUGAAGUGGCACCAGCACGAGCACAAUGAUCCAAUUCAGCUGCAUCAGCAGCAGCAAGGGUACAAUUUUAGCGGGAACGAGCUUAGCGGAGUAUUCUCUGUUCCGAUUCCGGCGGGUCAGGCUCAGGGCUUCAUGGGUUUGGUGUGCGGUGACUCGGCGGUGAAACCCGACCCGUGUUCGGAAAACAGAUGGGCUGAAUUGGGUUAUGGGUCUUGUGAGUUGGUCGUGAACAAUAAUGGCGCAGCAGGGUUUGAGGAGAUGAUUAAUGGUCACAAUAAUAAUAGUAAUAUUUCCAGGACUUUUAGCUGCCCACCUACUGUGGCCGCUGAGAAGAAGUCCAACGACGCCGUUUUGUCUCAGAAGAUUAGCUCGCCUGCGGGGAAGGAAAGCUUUAAGAAGAGGAAGGCUGAUAAGGUGCAGAGCAAUAAGGCUGUAGCUGCAGAAGAUGAUAGCACGGAGAAAAGAAUGAAAGGGUGUGCAGAGGAGGGAGACUCCAAGAUCACAGAGCAAACCAGCACCAAGAACACAAACAACGACAGAGAAUCUUCUGGUGAUACUUCAAAAGACAAUUCAAAAGCUUCUGAGGUUCAAAAGCCUGAUUACAUUCAUGUCCGGGCACGGCGAGGUCAGGCCACUGAUAGCCACAGCUUGGCUGAGAGGGUGAGGAGGGAAAAAAUCAGUGAAAGAAUGAAGUAUCUGCAAGAUUUAGUACCAGGGUGCAACAAGAUCACUGGCAAGGCUGGGAUGCUCGACGAAAUCAUCAAUUAUGUUCAAUCUCUUCAACGACAAGUAGAGUUCCUGUCUAUGAAACUAGCUGCUGUUAAUCCGCGGCUUGACUUCAACAUUGACGAUUUGUUUGCGAAAGAGAUGUUUCCUGCGUGCGCGGCCAAUUUUCAGACUAUUGGGAUGUCAUCAGAAAUGACCAAUUCUGCAUAUGUGCAGUUUAAUCCAGUACAGCAAAUGGUUUCAUCUUGUGGCUUGGAUAUGGGGAUAAAUUCCUCUGAUUUGGCGCUUCGAAGAACCAUCAGUGCUCCUGUAUCGAUCCCUGAAACAUUUCUCGACACAUCCUGCUUCACUCAAGCCCCUCCUACUGCAAUUUGGGAUGCUGAUUUACAAAACCUUUUCAAUGUGGAAUUCCAACAAGGAAGAACAACACCCUUUCAAUCGCAACCAUUUACAGGGUCUAUUGAAGCUAGCAAUUUAAAGAUGGAGAUGUGAAUCAAACAUCAUUCAUUUGAUUACUGAAAGAGUUUACUUGAUGCCUCUGAUCCAGAUUAUUUUUUCUUAUCUAAGUACAUAACAUAUAUAUAUAUAUAUGUUUGUAUGUAUACCUGCAACAUAGUAUGAAUAAAAUACAAAGACCUUCCAUUGUCUACAA